ACCGCAGUGGUGUACGGUUGACUCCGUUGUUACCAUUAUUUUAAAGCGGGUUUAGGUCUUCCUCGUUGUGCUAUUUUCGAUCGGUGCCUAGGUUUAGAAAUAAUAAUUGCUGGUGCUGAUAUAGUUAGUGAUGUGCUCCAAGUUAUUCCCGUAAAGUAUUGUGAUAGCGGCAUUUUUCGAACAGGAUUUGUUGUUUCUAGAAGUUAUAGCUGAACUUUGGUACUGAAUUAGAAGAAUAUAAAGCAUAAAUUGAACAUAAAAACAUAAGUGAAACAAUUCCUCUCCUGUGAAUCUGUUGGGGAAACGCGCAAAUCAUAUUGAACAUAAAUUAAGAAUAUAGAGCAUAAAAACAUAAGUGAGUCAAUUUCUCUCCUGUGAAUCGGUUGGUUUACGUGCAAAAAAUACUAGGCAAUCUUCCCUCACAAGAGUUAUUGUCGUUUGAGUUGUUAAAUCUGUGUACUUUUGUUUAAACCGAAACCGUAUUUAGGUGAAACAGUGGGAUAAGUGCAUAAUUGAGUUUGUAGCACGGAUAAAUACCAGUUUGUAUCAAGUUGCAAUGCUGAGUGAUGCAGUAAUGCAGCGUUGAGGGGUGGGGGCAGUGUGUGUGGUGGGAUAUGUUGGCGGCGGUGGCGUCUUCUAGUGGCGGAGGCGGUGGAGGCGGCGGCUGCGGCCCCCAGGAAGGCAUCGACCACCUCCUUCUGCUGCCAGAGCGCGUACUCUCCAUGGACAGCACCUCGCUGCGUCAGGAUCUCGCCGGGCUGCACUUCAGUCUGCACCUGUUGCAGCGGGCACCGGCUCCUCAGGGCAACGUCUGGCUAUCCGGAGCCGCUCCCGUCGACCCUAAUCAAAAGCAGUCUUCUUCCCGCCCUUCAUCCGCCAAACAAGGAGGUCUGCACUGGUUUGCUCAUGGAGCCGAGGCACCAGCCUUGACCAAUCAGGUGUCAGGUUUUGAUAGUGAAGGCUCGUCUGAUCGUUACGGACGAGACACUUGGAGUGACGGGACUUCGCUUUUAGACGAAGGUAAAGAGAAUGCAGCGGUGACCCAACGGGAUCGAGAGGAGAGACUUCGCCAGCUUAAGGAGCGCCAAAAUGAAGAACGCCAAAGAAAACUUGAAGAGCUCAAGCAACAGGCGGUGGCCGCCCAGAAGUUUCGGGAGCAGAAGGAGGAGGAGCGGAGGAGGCGCAUGGAGGAACUGCGUGUGCGCGACAACGACCGACGUCACCAGGUCGAGGAGCGCAAACGUCAGAUAUGGGAGGCCGAACGCGAUCGCCGGGAAGCCAUCUUACGCAAGAAUCAGGAGCGAGAGGCUAGAAUCGAAUCCAAAAGAAAAAAUGAACGAAGUUCGAUAAUGUUUGCUUUUGGAAGUUCGACUCCUAGAAUGUUGGAACCUGCGGAUACCGGGGGCUCCUAUUGGGCCACUAGGAGCCUUGUAACUGGGUAUGAUGAAGGUGCUUUAAAGAUUGAUAGAAAAACAGCGACUUCCACUAGCAACGUUAUGAUGUUAUCGAUGACUGCACCCCCCGGCCCCCUCACGCGACGGUCGUCCGAACGGGAGUUGGACGGCAGCAAGAAGAGAGCAACCUCUGCCGGCGGCAUCAACCGAAACAAAGAAGAUUCUCGGAUGUCUAUGUCGAUUUACGACGUAUUUCAGUGGGACACUCCCCCCGCCCGCACCCCUCCAUAUUCCCGCACCGCCCCCAUGUCCCCAGUUGACCUGAAAAUCCCUUCCAUUACGAUUCAGCAGGCACCUUCGCAGUCUGAAGUAGUACUGUCGGCCGCCAAGGGUCCUGGGGACGAGGGUGACGGUGCCACGUCAGCAAAUUCGAGCAGCCUGAUGGCGGCGGCGCGUGCGGCUGCCGUGCGUCGCAAGACCGACCUGAUGCCGACCAUUCCGGCGCCGCGCGACCGCGACCUUGCGCCCAGUCGGCCGCACAGCAGUCGCCAAAUGCGAUCGCCAGGACGCGCCUACUCGAUGUCGCGCCUAGACGUGCUGUCUCGGCCGCGCAAGAGGCCAACCACUCCCUCACCAGCGCCCGACCCGUCUCUGUCGCGCAGCAUGACACAUCUGGCGCAUGCGCCUGGCUCAGGACGCGGCACACAUGCGUCCGGCACAGGUAGCGCACUGGGGCGCACGCGCAGUAUGUCGCAGCUGAAUGCGCCCGUGCCGCCGCCGCGCCCCACGCGUGCACAGCGACUCAGACGCAAGGCGCGUGACGCUGCCAACGCUAGCAGUCACUCGCUCGAACAGUCUCCCAGUCCAGGACUGCGCUCAGGCGAGGUGACGCCGUCGCGGCCACAGUCUUCGCUGAGUCAGCACAGUGUGUCCUCCUCGUCGGGCAUGACCACUUCGAUGACGUCAUCCAAUGUGCGCAGUCGCCCGGUCGCCACUCCGCGCAGGCCACGGCCCUACUCCAUUGCUGUCACCGGCAUUUCGUCCGCUCCCGACACCCCUAGACAGAGUUUAAGUUCAGAACAUCGCGCUGGAAAAUCAGGUGCUUCAGCUAAUGAAAAGCCUCCAUUGCCAAAAGUGCACACCACCAAGAAACAGCCAGCGCCUGCCAAGCCAGAACUUGCCAAGAAACCAACUUCUGAGAAAAUUAAAUCUACCAAGAGUUCAGCGGCCACUACACCAAAAGCGACACCGCUGCAGUCACCAGGCGUGGAUGCGCCACCACUGCCGUCCGGCGGUGACACCCUGGUGGACAUCACCACAACCACCACCUCCACCACCGCCACCAUGGUGUCCAACGGUGGUGACUCCGAUGCAGUGGUGACGGUGAGCGAGACCACCACGGUCAUCACCGAACAGCCUCUGUCGCCAAGUGCUGACGUCAGCGAAAGCAAGCCGCAGCCGACUGCUGCUGCCCCCAAGGUGGAAACACCUGCCGCCCCCGCAGUUCAGCCCCCCCAGCCGCAAAACGUACAGCAGGAUACGUUGAACGAACUUCCCGAGAGUGAUAUGACUGCAUCGAUGAUAGCGAGGAAAAUCACGACAGAGGAGGAGGCGAAGGCGGCGUUGGCCGAACGCAGACGGUUGGCGCGCGAACAGGCCGAACGGGAGGCCGAACUGCAACGUCUCAGGCUGGAAGCGGAGAGGUUAGCAGAAGAAGAGAGACUGAGACAAGAGGAGGAGGAGCAGCGGAGGGCUGAGGAGGAGCAGUUGCGACUGCUGGAGGAGGCGCGUGCGGCUGAGGAGGUGCGCCUACAGGAGGCCAUCAAGGAGACGCAGAAGCGCGAGGAGGAGGAACGCGCCAGAAAAGAGGAGGAGGAGAAACUGAAGAAGGAGAAGGAGGAAGCUGAAAGGAAAGCCAAAGAAGAAGCUGAAAAGCAAAGACAAGAAAUGGAAAUAAGGCUGAAGAAAGAGGAGGAAGAUAGGCAAGCGAGACGUAAACGUGUAGAAGCAAUUAUGUUAAGAACUCGAGGCAAGGGUACCACACCCACGAGCACGCCAACCAAGGACGGUGACGAACUGUACGACAGUUCGGUGGAGGGUGUGUCGAACAACGGCGUCGAACAGUUUCUGAACGCCGAACGCAGCCAAGCGACGAGCGUCGAGACGCCGAACGACGCCGCAGCAACGCCCAAGCACAACGGACACCGCAACGGCGUCGCAGUCGUCGACGACAAUCAGGCACUGGAGAAGAAUAACAUCACCAACAAUCUGCUAGACCUGUCGAGUUUGGACACUUCUCAGCCAGCGGGUGAAAUUCUGCAGCCGACGUCUGGUGACACCACUACCACCACAACCAAUGGCAAAUUGGCCAACGAAGAUAGUGUCAAUUUCAACAACCAGUCGUAUAUUGCCUUCCAGGACUCCAAUACUGUCAACGAUCUACUAUCGUAAGCGGAGAUAGGUUUGAGCUCUGAAGACUAGCGAAUUUUAUCAAUCAAUAGAAGGUUAUCAAUAUUGAGUACUGAGUCACCUCUUCAUGUUUCCUUUCAUUCUCUACUUCUUCGAAUUGCUUCUGGUGCACCGCUUCAGAAAUGACAAUUUACAAACAAAUUUGAAACGAUGGAACGACUUGUGUGCAAUUCAAUAUGUUGAUUAUAUUCUAUUAGCACAGUGAAAAGUCGGAAAGAAACGAACAUGUGAAAAUAAAUUACUAUUCAAUUGAUUGAAUUUAAUGUUGAAUACAAAAUGUAAAUGAUUGUUCUGGUCUUUAUUAUGUAUCGGAUGUAGUCGAGUUUACAUUCAGUAGACUUAUUUCUAAUCGAUUAGUAAACUCAUUGACAUUCUCUCCUUUAUCAUGUGACUAUACAAACUGCAAUCUAUUGUACGAGCUUUAUCAACCAUACGUGUAGGUAGGAAUUUAAAUAUUAUCGAGCUUAAUGAUUUCCCAUUUAUUUUGGCCUUCUCAUCACAUUGUUAUUUUAUUGAUAUUAUUUCUCCAAAUAGAUAAAAAUGAAACCAAUCUACAUCAUCAUAUCGCCUACUAGAAUUAUUUUAGAAAUCGUAUGUUAUAUCUUGAAAUUUAAAAAAUGUAAAUCGUAUUUGAUUUUAUAUUUGAAUGCUUUUUGUAACAACAGCAAACCCGAAUUGCACUAGAUGUAUAUGUAAUGAAUUGAAGUGUCUCUGAUGCGUGUAUAUGUGUAUAUAGCCUAUAGAUAUAUUAUCGAUGAAAUUAAUGUAAAAAGUAAUUUAUACUGGUUAUACCGUAACAAGCUGAAUAACAACAAAUGAAAAUACUUGCUUUUAGAAAAUUAUAAAAUUUCGCUUGUUUGGUAUAAAAAUAAUAUUUAUAUAUUUUUGUAGCUUCAAGACAUUGAAUAUUAAUUUCAAUUAAUGUGUAAAUUACAAUUUUAAAAGAAAACAAAGUAAUAAUAUUAUUGUAAUGUGUGUAGUAGAAAACACUACUGCAUUCUUUUUAUCAAAUGUGUAAACAUUUAUAUUUAUAAUCAUUGUUAAUAAUAAUUAAUUUAAACCAUAUUCCCACUUGAACCGAUUUCGUUUAAAUGAACCACACAAUUUGAUAAAUUCUGUUGGUGAACUCACCAGACUCAGUUGAAAUUUAUGUAUUAGUGUUGUUUUAAUUGCUAAUUUUCACUAGUCUAUUUUGUUGUUUACAUAAGUAAGUACUGUAUGCCGUUUUAAUUCAUAAUGGUCGGGAUUUGAAAAGGGGUUUGGUUGUUUAUCACUUGUGUUCAGUUUAUAAAUUCACCAUUGUUCAGCUGAACCAAUUAGCCGAAAUGUUUUGGUGAUACGACUAACGAUUUUAAAUUCAACAACUCAUGAAAGAUAUUAUUUCCAUUAGUUUAUACUUAUUAAUAUAAUCGUUUAGAAUGCAUCAUUAACAUUUUAUCAGUUUUCAGAUAAUUGAUAAUACAAUAAAAGUAUGUAAAGAUAAUAGCGAAUAUUCAAUUCAAUAAGGUUUCACAUGUCAAUGGUGUAUUGUAUGUGAGUCUUUAUCUAUAAAUAAGAAUCAUUCUGAUUUUUUCAAAAAAAAAUGUUGAAUGAUUCAUAACCGUCAGUCCCAGUUACAGUGUUUCUAAUGUGAAUUUCAUAACUAUUAAUAGUGAUUAAAUAUUUUCGAAUUCGUCACGAUAUUCAAGGUAAUUAUCAUCAUAUUUAAAACUUCUAUUAUGAUUAUUGGCAUUUGAAAUUAGCAGAUUUAUUGUUUGCAAGUUUCGUUUUUGAAUUAUUGUUAUAUUUCACAAGUCUGAGACUUCGUUUUAGUAGUAUUUCUUAUAACUAAUUUUGAUGAUCAGGAUUAUCAUGUUACAACUUAGUUGAAUUAAUAAAUGAAAUUCUUUGUGUAAUACCGGGUAAUGAUAUUGUUGAAAAUUGUGCCUAAGUUCAGGAAAAUUGUACGGUAACCCAGUUUUUUAUAUAGUUCAUUGUUAUUUCAUAUAAUUAUUAUGUUUGUACAAGUUGAGUGAUUUUAAUGAUAUUAUGUUCCACACUUGAAUUUAUUGAAAACUGCCGACAUCAAUAAAUUUACAAAUACGCUAGCCGUGAAUAGAAGAAGAUAUUAAUGAACUGAUGCUAGCAUCUCUGAAAUUAAAAUAAUAUCAAUCAGUUUACGUUUUAAUGAUAACACUCCUAGUUAUAUUCAGUGUGGAUCCAGUAACCAUGGAAAAGUGUCAAGAUAUAAUCUGUACAUAAUAUAAUAAUAAUAAACGCAUUACUAUUUUA